CCACGAGAGGUUUGACCGGCAGGUCUGCGAAGGGACCGGAAACAGCAGACGGACGUGACGUUUCAGGAAGCGAAAUAAGAACUGAAGUCGAUGGCUGGAGAGAAGAGCGGGAGUGAAAGAAAGAUCAAACAAGAGGCGAAAAUUAAAAAAAAAACAAAAAGAAAAACAGAGUGAAAGUAAAGCUGUGAUGUGGAUUAAACGGACAGUGAGCGCAGUGUAACCGUGACAACGAGACACAAGGACGGAUUUAAAUCGAGGAUAAAAAGCUGUCUCCAGAAGAAAAAGUCUUCGGCUCGCCACAGUUGAAGCAGCAAUGAGUUCAGUUCAGUAUCUGAGAGAGUUCAUCAAGGAGAGACUAACUGCUGUUUGUGAAGAAAUCUUCUCAGAGGUUCAAAAAACCAUCGUCCAGUAUGAGGAGGAGAUCAACCGUCAGCACAGACUGCUGGAUAUCAGCCGGAAACCCGACAUAAACUCACACAUCACAGACCUCCCACAACAACAUGUCUGUACGGAAGAGAAGGGUCUGGAUGAGCAGCAGGUCUGUAACCAGGAGAGGAAUUCCAGUCUGGACCAGGAGGACCCAGAGCCUCAGACCCAGAUUAAAGAGGAACAGGAGGAACUCUGCAGCAGUCAGGAGGGAGAGCAGCUUGGACUGAAGCAGGAGGCUGAAGGCAUUAUCGUCUGGACUGAUGAAGAGCGACUCACCCUGCUGGAGACCAUCUGGAAACCAGAGUUAAAGUUGGAUAGAAUAGACCCCACACAGCAGCAGGUCUGUGACCAGGAUGACCCAGAGCCUCUACACAUUAAACAGGAACAGGAGGAACUCUGCAGCAGUCAGGAGGGAGAGCAGCUCGGACUGAAGCAGGAGACUGAACAAAAUCUAAACAAUGAGCAGCUCCUUUCUCACAGCUCUCCUGAAGCAGAGAGCCAAGAAGAUAAAACAGGUCACAAUCAGAGAGUAGACAACACUCCUGCAUCAGACAGUCAGAGUCAAACUGAAACAAAGACAAAUGUUCUAAAAUGUGACAGCUGUGGAAAAACUUUCAACUCUGAAUCCGAUCUGACUUCACAUCGGAGAGUUCACACAGGUUUUAAAUCACGUUGUUGUUGUUGGACCUGUAGGACAAAAUUCUGUCAGUUCUUGAAACUUCACACAGGUAAGAAAUCACAUCCUUGUAGCACCUGUGGGAAGGAAUUCAUUUCGAAGUCAGCACUGGAAGCUCACAUAAGAACUCACACUGGUGAGAAGCCGUAUUCUUGCGGCAUCUGUGGGAAAAGAUUCAGUCAGAAAUCAGUACUGAAAAAUCAUACAAGAAUUCACACAGGUGAGAAGCCGUAUUCUUGUAGUACCUGUAAAAAAACAUUCGGUCGGAAAUCGACACUGAGAUCUCACGUAAGAACCCACACAGGUGAGAAGCCGUAUUCUUGUAGUACCUGUGGAAAGAAAUUCAAUUCGAGCACACACUUAAGGAGACACAUAAGACAAAUUCAUACUGCUUCAAAUAUUCAUGCUUCCAAAGUGUGAGACAGCUUUGAGUCGUAGCAGUGUGUGGGUGGUAGAGCUCACUAACCAGAAGUCAAAUCGCUGCACUGAUUUAAAUAAAUGUAGAAACUGAUGUUUUGACUCUUACAAUCUUUUCACAUUUGUGACCUUUAUCUGGUCAGUCCUUGAGCAUGGGUGUAUAGUUUUAUGUUUUAUGAUAAGUGUGGUUUGGAUGAUCCUGUGGCUGGACUCCAGAGUUGGAUCCAUUUGGCAGCGACUGUAGUUGUAAUGGCUCUGCUAACGUAUCCAGAAUUGAAGACGUGUUCCAGUCUUUUGUUCGAGACUGAAAUAAAUAUGUGUGUUGAGGAAAAA